GUGUUAUUUUGACAAGUAUGACAAAAGUCCAUUUAAAAACUAUGCAGUGUUGAUUUACAAAAUAUUGUACGCUUGAAUAAGGAAAUAUAAGAAAGAGAGAUUUAAGCGAAAACUUCCUUUUUGCAUUAAAAUUUAAUCAGUCAUCCUUGAUUUUGAAAAAGGAAUACAACAUCUUGACGUCUUUACUGGACGAUGUAAAGCCGUCGAAAUGGGCAAGGCAAUUCUAUUUGUUUAUCUCAUCUCAAAUUUUCUAAUUGUCGCACGAUGCAGCGACAUAACAUCAACGGUAUAUGGAAAAAUUUUGGACAAAAUGCCAGCAGCGUUUGGCGAUUUUAAUUCUGACGAAUUGACCGAUGUAUUUGUGAUCGACACGGAUGGUAAAUCCGUUGAAAUUAUGCUGGCAGCUGAGCAAGAGCCUCUCCUUAGCCCUGGAGCGCACUUAAAAUGCACCUUUAAUGCUUCAGUGACGAGCGUUGUGCCUGGAGAUUUUGACGGAGAUGCAUUUAUGGAUGUUUUCGUAACAACGAUCAAGAACGGUCUGACCUAUGGACACGUUUUGUGGGGUGGAAAUGGGCAGUUGAAUUGUACACCCGAGUCUAAUCCAGUAAUUGUGAUGUUUGGACAGCCGUUAGCCAUCGAUUACAACCAAGACAUGAUUAUCGAUUUGUUCGGACUCGAUGAAAAUAAAACAAGAACAUUUUGGAUUUUCAAUAAGAAUAGAACUUCGCCGGAAAUUGUAAAAAUGCAUUCUAAAAAUGGAGAUGACUUUCCACUUAUAAGAAUACCACAUUCAAACGCGUUUCUAGAUUGGGACGGCGAUUUUAUGCCAGAUUUAUUUAUAACGACUGAAAAGGAGUUUGAAAUUUGGCUGGGAAGAGACGAGAACUUCACUUACUACGACAGCAUCAGCUUACCGCCUAGUUUAACUUUUGUCGGUCAAUCUUUAUUCUUGGACGUUGAACUCACUGGCAAAAUGAACCUGAUUCUACCCGCAUGUUACGAUGCCGCGUGCAAGAAUAGCACUAUUAUGAUAUACUCAAACGGGUGGCACAAUUUACAAAUAGAUUUCAAAGAUCCGGACAACGUUGACUGGGGUUUCUAUAAAUCCGAUGGGCAUCGUUAUUCGGAUACAAUAACUCUGAGAGGCGGCGAUUUCAACAUGGAUGGUUACCCGGAUUUACUGGCAACUUUAACGGUCACCUCGGAAAGUGUACCCAGAACAUUCUUGCUGGAGAACGUACCUUGCACAAACUGCAAAGACUUUGGUAGAAAAUUUGCUGUCCAAUGGACGGCUCUGAAUCCCUUAAACAACAGAACAGUUAUGGCAGUUUUCUAUGAUUUUUAUCAAGACGGAAUAUUGGACGUAAUUUUAGUAGAGCAAGAGGGACAUGAAUACCGAACUCUGGCUUUCAAAAACAGCUUGGAUUACGAUGCUAAUUUUGUUAAAGUUAUGGUUUUGACAGGGUUGUCGAACAGGCUGUAUCCAAUCACUCCUGGAACACUUGGCAGGAAGAAACGAACCUAUGGAACAAAUCUGCCAGGUCCGUCGAUCGCUUAUAAAACCACAACACAGGAUGGAAACAUGCGCAUGGCAGUAGCGGCACAACUACCGCAGAGCGCACACUUUUCCCUAAAUUUGCCAUACUCGACGUUUGGAUUGGGUCGCACGCCCAAUUUCAUCGAUACCCUUACAAUAGGGUUGAGCGGGAAGUCCCGAGAAUGGACACAAAUUAUUCCCAAUUCCCAGAUGGUCGUGAUUCCGACACCGCUCUCCGAUCCUCCCAGAUGGAAAGCCCAGUUGUUUGUAACGCCCAGUAAACUUAUUCUGUUGAGCGUUGCUGCGUUGACUGCGACUUGCGGUUUGAUUAUUGCCAUAAUUUUUGGACUGUAUUGGAAAGAAAGAAGAGAGGAUAAGAUUGAAAAACUUCAGGAAGCACACAGAUUCCAUUUCGAUGCUAUGUAGCAAGCUUUUAUCGCAGUUAAUUCAGCCUAAGUUCUCACUAAAAUAUAUAUUUCUAAUUUAAAACAUACCUUAUUCUGUAGAAUGGAAUUAUACGUGUAACUAAAUCAAUUUCAAGUUUCCUUCUUAUGAGACGGAUGCAAAAACAAGGGUAUUGAAAAUAUGAGGAAGCCGAGUAUGAGCAA